UGAGAAUUCCACGUGGAAGCGGAGAGACGAAAGGUGCCGGUUCGCGAGUGCGUUAUGGAGUCGAGACUCUUCUGCUUCUUCGUCGUCGCGGUUUCCGGCGCUUUGGAGGUCACUCCGCCGAUGAAGGUUGAUCUUGGCCGAGCCUUUCGAGAGCGCUUUGCUACUUCACCCGCCAUCUAUGAGGCAUCAAUGGAUUUCAUCUUAGUGAACUGUCAUGACGAGGACGACCCCACAAAAGCAGACGGUGAACGUUUUUCACCCGAUGGUGGAUACGUUCCAAGGGUCCUCUUCUUCGACGCCGAUGGGGACCUGAUGGAUGUCCACAACAAGGGGAAGACGAUAAACAAGUACUACUAUCCUUUGGAAUCAGAGCUGCUGGCUGCCAUGUAUGAGGCACGAAGACAAGCUUAUCAGGAAGAUAAUGUUUGCGCCCCCCUACCUGUUUGAGAGGCAAUAUCAAAUUUUAUUUGGAGUACAUGAC